AUGAGAUCAGCUCUGACAUGGCAAGCGAAUACUUCGGAAGGGCAAGCUCCUCCUGCUGUUGUUUAUGACCUCUGCUUUAAUCCUCUUGGGUCUCAGCUUGUAGUUGCAUCAGGACAGCUAGUCCUCGUGUAUGAUGCCUCAGAUGGCAGCUUGUUGCACAAGCUCAAAGGGCACAAGGACACGGUGUAUUGCGUCACAUACUCGAAGGACGGAAAGAGGUUUGCAUCCGGAGGAGCUGAUAAGAACGUCAUCAUAUGGAAAAACACAGCUGAAGGAAUUCUUAAAUUUGCUCACAAUGAUACAAUACAGGCGCUGAGUUACAAUCCUGUAAGCUUACAGCUCGCCAGUGUAACCGCGACAGAUUUUGGGAUUUGGUCACCUGAUCAAAAAUCAGUGUCGAAGCACAAGAUUCAGGCUAGAGGACUCUGUUGCUCAUGGUCUAAUGAUGGGACGCUCCUGGCAAUAGGGCAGUAUGAUGGAAAUGUUACUGUCCGAACAAGAGAUGGCAAAGAGAAGCUCAAAAUCACAAGAAAUGCUCCAGUGUGGUCGGUGAAUUUUAGACCCAACACGCAAGAUGGUGUGAAUAUUUUAGCAGUGGGGACUUGGGAUCAGAUGUUGACCUUACAUGACUGCGACUGUGAACCGACAUUGAUAGGCAAGAAAGAGUUGAACAUGGACCCUUGCUCUGUCCGAUAUUUCUCAAACGGUGAGUACAUGGUUGUGGGCGGUUCUGAUUGCAAGACACAUUUGUGCAAUCAUGAUGGAGUUCAACUGCAGAUGAUCUGUGAAAGAGAUGACUGGAUUUGGAGUAUUGCUCCUCGACCAAAGCAGAAUUACAUCGCAGUUGCAUGUAACGAUGGCACUAUUUCGAUGUAUCAACUAAUUUUUAGUACGGUGCAUGGAUUGUAUCAAGACAGAUAUGCAUAUCGUGAUUUCAUGACAAAUGUGAUUGUUCAAAAUCUUGUAACGGAGCAAAAAGCAAAGAUACAAUGCCAAGCUCAUGUCAAGAAAAUUGCGAUCUACAAGGAUCGUCUCGCUAUACAACUGCCAGAUAAAAUACAAGUUUACGAAAGAAAAGGUGACGAUGAUCAUGGUCUUCAAUAUGUGAAGCGGAGUACCAUUAACAAAUCACUCGAUUGUAAUUUGUUGGUCGUCACGUCAAACCAUCUGAUUCUUUGCCUUGAGAAAAAGCUCCAGUUGCUGAAUUUCGAGGGUGUCAAGGAAAGGGAAUGGGUCUUGGAUGCAAUAAUUCGAUACAUCAAGAUUGCAGGCGGCCCUCCCCGCAGAGAAGGGCUUCUAGUUGGCCUUAAGAAUGGACAGGUCUUGCAAAUUUUCAUAGACAAUCCUUUUCCUAUCUCGAUUGUCAACCACGACAAGUCCAUACGGUGCCUGGAUAUUUCGUGCAGUCGCCGCAAACUUGCUUUAGUUGAUGAGCUCGCCAAUGUUGUCGUUUAUGAUGUCCAGACGCAAGAAGAAUUGUACCGCGAUGUCAAUGCAAACAGUGUUGCAUGGAAUAGCGUCUUGGAGUCCCAGCUGUGUUACAGCGGCAAGGAUCAACUGAGCAUCAAAACUGGCGAUUUUCCUCCACAUCGAGAAAAAAUGCGAGGGUUUGUUGUUGGAGUGCGAGGCAGCAAAGUUUUUUGCCUGCAUUAUCUUGCGAUGAAUACUGUGAAUGUCCCACAGAGCGCAGCUAUGUAUCGAUACUUGGAAAAAAAGAUGAUGUCCGAGGCAUACAAGGUUGCGACGAUGGGUGUGACAGAAUCAGAUUGGCAAGCUUUGGCCAUGGAAGCGCUCAUGGUGAUGGAUCUUGAAGUUGCUCAAAAGGCAUUCAUUCGGAAUAGAGACAUGAGGUACAUUGAUUUGAUCAACCGCAUCAAAGCAUCUCGUAAGCUACCAGGGCAUGAUGACAAUGUCUUUCUUGCCGAAGCUCUUGCAUUGCGUGGGCAAUAUCAAGAGGCUGGUAAGGUUUAUGCAAAAAGUGGCCGUGUUGACCUUGCCAUAAAAAUGUUCUCGGAUCUGAAGCUGUGGGAAGAUGCUCGAAAUAUUGCAAACCAUGCUCAGGGUGUUGACAUCAAGGACUUGACGCGAGAGCAAGCACUUUGGGCCGUGGAAAACAACGAUUGGAAAACAGCAGCAGCAAUUUUCGUUACUUCUGAAGAGUACGGAAGGGCCAUUAAUAUUAUGUCUCAACACAACAUGGUUGAUGAAUUGAUUGAUGUUGUGCGUCGCUUGGACAAAAAUGAUGUGAAUAAUCUUGCAAAAUGUGCAGAUGCUUUUCGAACAUCUGGGCACACUUUAUACGCCAAGGAGACGUACAUCAAAAUGUCUGACACGAAAUCCUUGAUGGAAUUGUAUGUAGAAUCAGAGAAGUGGGACGAGGCAUUCUUACUUUUGAAACAGUACCCAUACAUGAAGGAGGUAGUCUAUCUGCCAUAUGCAACCUGGUUGUCGGCAAAUGAUCGAUUUGAAGAAGCUCAGGAGGCAUUUAGAAUGGCAGGCAGUCCGCAGAAGGCCAUCGAAAUGCUUGAGACGCUAUCGGCAGCGGCAGUAUCCACACACUCAUAUAAGAAUGCAGGGUAUUACUAUUGGAUGCGAGCAAUCGAAACCAACCAACUUUACCCUCCGGGUAGUGGUCAUGCAUUGGAAGAACAAGGAUUGCAGCAAUUCUUGGAAUUUUCAGAGACAGCAGAUAUUUUCUAUGCCUACCAGAUCAUUUCGGAUUACAUCACCGAACCAUUCUUUAGUGGGAACUUUGAGACUGUGUUCCACACUGCAAGAUUCUUGCUAUCCUUGUUACAAAACCGCCUCAAUCCACCAGGAGUAUCCAAAGUGUACAUUCUGUGGGCACUCGCUGAAACUGCACUCAAGUUCGAAUGCUUUAAGGUUGCAAGGAGAGCUUUGGACCAACUCUCCAAUCUGCAUCUACCAGAUGGAUGGGGCGGAAAAGUGGAUCUUGCAUCCCUCAAGGUUAGAAGCAAGCCAGUGUCUGACAAAGAUGGAUUCGUGAGCCAAGAAAGUGUCUUUUCAGGAGUUCGCAGCUUUGCAAAUUUCGAUGUCCUCCCACUUGUUGAAUUUAGAUUGGACAAAGGUAUCUCAGACGAAGAAGCAGAACGUCUUUUGAGCAAUCAAGGAGGGAUAAGGUUGAAUUCGAAAUCUCGAUCCGGUGGCAGAGAGAGGCAGACUGGAUCAGGAAAUAUGUUGACAUUUGAUGAUGACGACGUCGACAUGAAUUUCGGCAAUGACUCACUAGCCGAGUUUCAACAGCAGCUGCUGUCUGCCCCUUCAGGUUCAUUGCCAAGUUGCAGUCGUGAGAUCCUCGCCCAGCUCAACUACCAAGAUGUCAUAAUUCUGAAGAGUCAAUAUCAUCUGAUUCCGACGAGAUACUUUCGAGUCAUGGUGCCAGAUACUCCGGUGUAUGUGUGUCAGUCUUGUUCAAGGAUGUUCAUUGAAGAAGAUUUCGAGAUCUUGUAA